AUGUCGGUUCGCUGGAAGCGCCUGGACCUGGACAACCUCGACGCGAUUAUGCUCGAGGUUGACGAAGUCAUUGACAAGUAUAGAGAAUGUCUGGUGGAGGACGGGACGGAGGGGACGCCGACGAAGCGGCUCAAGCGGUCGAUCGACGUCCGGCUGCUGCAGCUGGACCGGUUCGUGCGGAAGCACAGCGAGGAUGCGCGGAUCCACCUGCUGGAGCUGCUGCAGAGCAAGCUGCGCAAGGCGUUGACAGGAGACGUGGUGGAUGCAGCUGGCGGGGCGUAUGAGAAGAUCACGCUCACCUCGUUUGACGCGGACGAGACGGCGGGGUACGGGUCGAUGGGCGAGGAGCUGGGCCGGCCUGGGGCGGAGUUACAGACGCCGGCACGGGCAGGAGGGGCGGGGAGCGAGGCAUCGCCGGCGCCUGCGGGCGGGGCACUCUCGCCGGAGCAGCGUCGGAUUGUGCAGCAGCAGGACGAGCUGCGUGCGCAGCAGGAGGCGCUGGACAAGCAGCGCGAGCUUCUGGCCAAGCACCACGACGAGCGCAAGGCGCGGCUUGUGCAGCGUGAGAUGGCCAAGACCUCGCUGACCAACGCGUCGAUGGCGUCGAUGGCGCAGGUCGCCGAGGCCGAGGCCGAGCCAGCGGCGGCAGCGGACGCCGGUUCGCUCGACCUCUCACGGGCACACACAGAUCGCAUCCGGCAGCAGCAGGCGCUCCUCCAGCAGCAGGAGGACAUGCUUGCGCAGCUUCGCGAGCAGCAGCAGCUGAUGCAGGACCAGCUGAAUGUGGACGCCCCCGGCCCGCCGUCCUCGUCGGCCGGCGCGCACGGCUCGCCGGCGCCCUCGCAAGCGACCAAGCCCCCGGCGUUCGACGGCCCGCUGCCCAACGGUUACGAACUCAAGACCCGCCCGCCGCCAGGCCUCAACUCGACGCUGACCGGCGUCCGCAAGCGCGGCCGUGUCCUCAUCCGCGAGUACCUCGUCACCCUCACCCCGCAGCAGUACGCCGAGCUCCGCGAGCGCCGCAAGCAGCUGAUGUCCGGCAAGGCAACAGGCGCCUCCAACUUUGCCCUCAAGCCCUUCCUCAAGCGCGGCUCCGGCAAGCCAGCGUACUCGACUGCGUCCAAGAAGCCUGCGUACCAGCGCCAGGCCACUUACGAGUCGCCGUACCUCAACUCGAACGGGCCCUACGUCGACUCGUCCUGGCUCGACCACCACUUCCGCAAGGACGAGCCGCGCAAGUGGGUCUCCUCGCGCGGCUUUGAGCGCAUCAUCAACCCAACGCCCGUGUCCGUGCCCCUGCUAAGCGCGACGGCACCUCGGCCUCGUGCUCCGCCGGCAGCGGCGGUGACGGCGACACGGACGAUGGCGACUGGCUGCGGCGUGCUGGGCCAUGGCUGGACGACGUCCGAGGUGUUUGCGGCUGCGGCCGGCCGGCGGGCGCUGAGCACGGCUGCAGUUGCCGGCGUGGCUGCGCUGGCGCGGCCGAGCGUGAGCAGGCCGGCGGUGACGGCGGGUGGCUGGCCGCGUGCGCCCGCACGGACCAUGUUUGUGCGGACAGAGGCGACGCCCAACCCGGCGUCGCUCAAGUUCCUGCCCACCGAGCCGCUGAUGGAGGCCGGGGCGCGGCCUGUCGAGUUCAACAACCUGGGCGAAGGCCGGGCCUCGCCGCUCGCCUCGUCGCUCUUCCUCAUUCCGGGUGUCAAAUCGGUCUUCUUUGCCGCCGACUUUGUCACCGUCACCAAGGACGAGACCGCCGAGUGGGCCACCCUCAAGCCCGAGAUCUUUGCCGCCCUCAUGGACUUUUUCGCCUCGGGCGCUCCGCUCUUCCGCGAGGGCGAGGCUGCUCCGGCGGACUCGUCUGCCGCAGACACCGAGCCGCAAGACGACGACUCGGAGGUGGUCCUCAUGAUCAAGGAGCUGCUCGACACCCGCAUCCGCCCCUCAGUCCAGAUGGACGGCGGCGACGUCGUCUAUCGCGGUUUCUCCGACGAUGGCGUCGUCUUUUUGCAGCUCAAGGGCUCGUGCCAGGGCUGCCCCUCGUCGUCGGUCACCCUCAAGCAGGGCAUCCAAGGCCUGCUCAUGCACUUUAUCCCCGAGGUUGAGGCCGUCGAGGAGGUCUCGGACGAGCUUGAUGAGGUCAACAUGGAAGCCUUUAUGAAGCUCGAGGCCGAGAUGGAGGCCAAGAGGGCCGCUACUGCCGCCGAGUAG